UAUUCUUUUAUAUUUUCCCCCUCACUUCUUCUCUCCUCACCCUUUGCAAGUUGUAUCUAUUUCUUUCCUUCACUGCACGUUCUGAUAAAACUCCCUAGUCUCACUCUUCUCUUUUAUCUUUCCCAUCCCUCUGUCUAUCAGUUUUCUCUCAGUUCUAACUCUGCCUUUAAGUACUUACUCGUUUUUUUCCUCUCCUUUCUGAUCAAAUAUAACUUUCUUUCUUUCCUCAAUUCCUUUUUUUUUUAACAGAGAGAGAGAAAAAAAAGUGAAAGAAAGAGAAAAUAAGCCAUGGAAAUUGACCAGUUAAAGUCUGCAACAGAAGAUCAGAUGGAGAUGAUGAUGAUGAUGCAGAUGGACAAGCUCCCCGAAUUCUACGGAGCCUACAACGAAGUCGUAGAGUUGUCCCCAGCUGAGCUUGCUGGUGCAAGCAGCAAUAGUUCCAAUAAUAGCACCAGUACUGCCACGCCACAUUUUGUCGAAAACCCACAUGUUGGUAAUUCACCCCCAUUCAUGAACCUGCCAACUAAUAUUUCUUUCACUGGUUCAACCCCGGUUCAGGAAGCAGGGCCCCCCGGUUUCCUGUCUAGCCCUGGCAGUGCAAGAUGGAGAGGUGCAGGGGAAUUAUCAGGUGCAAAUGCUUUUUCUACACUCUCUCAGAAGAAGAAUUCCAUGGCUGCAAUGAGGGAGAUGAUCUUCCGAAUUGCAGCCAUGCAACCGAUCCAUAUAGACCCUGAGUCAGUUAAGCCACCAAAGAGAAGGAAUGUGAAGAUAUCCAAGGACCCUCAAAGCGUGGCAGCAAGGCACCGGAGGGAGAGGAUAAGCGAGAGAAUAAGGAUACUUCAAAGACUUGUCCCUGGAGGAACUAAAAUGGACACUGCAUCUAUGUUAGAUGAGGCAAUUCACUAUGUCAAGUUUUUGAAGACUCAGGUUCAGUCACUGGAGAGAGUCGCUGCUAACAGGCCAGCUGGGAUAGGGUUCCCUGUGGCAAUGUCAAAUGGGAGUUUUCUUCCAAUGGGAAAGGCAUAUCAGCCUACUCAAAAUGCCCCGCAAUUUGGAGACGCUAAUCAUCUAGCUCAAUAAAAGUAGAAUCCUAGUAUAAACUCAUUUUUCUAGCCAUGUUAGACUUAUUGGAAUGUAAAAAAACUUAAAAGACAUAGUCAUGGAUAAUUUGUUGUUAAUUCUCUUCGUGUUUAAGCCAUGUAAUCCAUGUUGUAUCGCUAUCAAAUUCAUAUCGCUGAAUAGAUAGCAAAGUACUGUUCAAAGAAUCAAAAGUUCUUAAAGGAAUAUAUAUAUAUA